GGGCAAGUCAGCAAGUGUGUAUGCUAUGUUUUUCCAAAAAGGUUCAAACUUUGGGUGCAGAACUGCAGAUGUAUAGGCACCGUAGGGAAACUCAUGAACAUCGCAACGCGUUAGGUAGCUUCCUCUCCACUAUUCAAAAUCGGUUCCAUUCCAAUAUAAGAAGUGUAAGAGCCCAGAACUACCAGGCAAGAACAUAGUGUAUGUGUUUCAAAACUGUGAUUUUGUUAUCUGUUCUUCAAAACCAUUGAAGAUGAGGUGGCUCUUUCCUCUCCUCUUUCUUUUUUCGCUUGGUCUUACUGUAACUGGUCAAGAAUCCAUUGAGUUCCUCAACCUUUGUGAGACAACUGAAGACAUUUUACAAGCCUCAUCACACGCUGAGCUUCCCUUGGCUAUUUCAGUGAAUGGUGGAAACCUCAAUGAGGUUUCCUUCAGCAUUCUAUUGGCUGAAAAAUGGCUCAGACACAACGUUCUUGCACACUACCCUGCCUCAAAUAUCACCACCAUUGUUGUGGGAACCACUGCUUUUUGCCAACAAGACCACCAACACAACAACAACCUCGCUGUGGUUCUGUCUUCUUUGAAGAAUGUCUACCACUCUCUCAAGAGAUGGGGUUUGGAGAAAGACAUUAAAGUCUCUGUUGCUUUUAAUCUGGACUGUUUGUCUCUAAACUCAGUUUCUCUUAACAAUGAUUUGAAACUGGUCAAACCCCUCAUAGAGUUUCUCCAAGAGGUAAACUCCACAUAUUCUGUGAUCCCACAUUAUGGCUUCUCACGUUUUUCUGAUAAAAGUUUGAGCUUGGUCUCUUCCCACUUGGAGUCCUUGAAAAAGCCUGGAUUUUUCUACUUGAAUAACAUAAAUGUUCUAGCCAUUGUUCCAAAAUGGAGAAAAAACAUAGCAAGAAAGCUUUCAGUUGUUGAUUUUAGCCCAAUAGGCCCAUUCCCAGUAAGGCCAGCUCCAGUGCCAGAAAUAGCCAAGUCCCCAAUGACUCCUUCCAAUGUAGCUUUCCCUCCUUUAGCUCAAGUAGUUUCUUCACCCCCUCCAAUACUUUCUCCCACUUUUGCCCCUGAAGAGCCACCAUUUCCAUUUGGUGUUCCAGCUAAUUCUCCUCAUGGUUUCUCACUCCCUCCUUGUAAUCCAUUACACGAUGGCUCACCCCAAAUAUUCCCGAUCCAGAAACUGUGGUGUGUGGCUAAGCCUAGUGUUCCUGAAGAAACACUGCAACAGGCUAUGGACUAUGCUUGUGGAGAGGGUGGUGCUGAUUGCAUGGAGAUCUCACCGCAGGGAAACUGUUAUAAUCCAGACACCUUGGUUGCUCAUGCCUCCUAUGCUUUCAACAGUUACUGGCAGAAGCACAAGAGAAGUGGUGGAACAUGCAGCUUUGGAGGAACUGCCAUGUUGAUAAAUUCUGACCCAAGUUUCCUUCACUGUCGGUUUAUUCUUAGCUAAGUGAAUAGAAGUGGCGUGGCGACUUUCUGUUUUUGUUGCAGAUAGUGUGGAGGAUUUUAUGUUAAGGUGACUUUUCUUUUGAUUAACUAGCAAUCGGUUUAUGUAUAAUGUAUGGACCAACUUAAAACUUCUAUAUUGGGAUCUUGUUGGACUAACUUAAUACUUUCUAGCUUAAUUGUUAUGUUGUUUCUCCAUAUGAUAUAUAGGUAUUAGUAGUAGUAAGUUGGAGUUCUGUUCUAAAUUACUUACUGAUUGAAUCCUAUUUGCCUACGCAGAGUUUGUUUUA